ACAGCAAAAGGUCAGAAUUCUAACUCGCAUACUCAUCGCCAUUUCAUAUUAAUAAGUCACUCUUCACCGUCUAUCCCAUAAUCUACACGAGAUUGAUAUCUCGUGAUUCAUACAACACAUAUGGCUGCCGCUAAGAAGACGUUCAUCGUCGAGCAUCUCGACCCAGAGCUCGGCCCUUGGUCAGAGCUGGAGUACAAGACAAUUGCUGCUGAAUCCAAGACUACAAACUGCUCCUUCAUCCUCUCCAGUUUACCAGACGAAUUUAAGGUCCCCCAAGCCCUUCAGGAUAACGAUGCCUUCACAGCUGAGAAGCGUGGCGUAGAGGAAUUGUACGCCGCUAACAAGAGCCGUGUGUGCUUGCUCGACCCCGCGGCUGCCAAGGACCUCGCUCCUGAGGACGGUGAUUCCUUUGAUGCCUUUUUGUUUGGAGGAAUUCUAGGCGAUGACCCCCCAAGAGACCGCACCUCUGAACUAAGAAAAAAGGGAUUCGAAGGAAGAAGACUUGGUCCGAAGCAAAUGACUACUGAUACAGCUGUCCGCGUUACCAGGAUGGUUGUGCAGGAAAAGAUCGCCCUCACCGAUGUCCCGUACCUUGACUACCCUGAACUCAAGUUCAACAAGCAUGAGAGCACGCAGAUGCCCUUCCGUUAUGUUAAGGGUGCUGAUGAUCAGCCCAUCAUGCCAGAGGUAAAUUUCAAGAGUGCUUUAUUCUCCCACACUCGAAACUCGCUAACAUACAUACAGGGCAUGUUUGAACUGAUUAAGCAGGAUGCCGAUAAAGGCGUCAAUGACCUAGUUUAGGCAAACUGAUACCAUUCAUUUAACUUUUUCUGCAUCACUUGUCAUGCGCCCAAUUUGUGACCACGUCAUGCAGCUGGAGCGUAUCAAACAUUCUCGUACCACUUUUAGCAUGUCGACUAUCCGCCAUGCCUGCGCCUCGUCCCAUGGAUAUAUAGCAGUGGUCCGGACGGAAAGCCACAUCUUGCAUCACUAGUCGACUGAUAUCCGGUAUGUAUGUACCCAGUGUGGUUGUUUGCCUGACGCGGCCUAGUCCCAAAACUAGACCGGCUGCCUCACCCCAUUGAUUGUUGGUGGCUGCAUGAGCCAAUGGGCAUUGUUGUCUAUCACCAGUGGGUUACACAAAGGACCGGUGGUCGGAAUGUUUUCGUCCCUCCUUUAAACUGUUGUCUCCCUGCAAGUGUGACCUUGGCGAGGGUGUUUACAGGUGAGUCUGGAGACGGGGACAGGGAUGGGAUGCCACUCAUCCCGUUUGCUCUAAGGGUGUGUUGAUAACACAUUUCAUUAACGGCGGUGAUCCCAUUCGUUGUUCGUUCUAAGCGAUGCGCCAAUCCCCCACUCACUACAAAAUUGUUUGCUAAGCCGUCUCGUCGGUGUUUAAGCGAAGUCAAGCGGACGAAAUGGGGCGCUUUGUACCCAAUCAAUGCCGUCGCUACGAGCCUGAUUUGCAUCAUAGAGAGCGCAGCAAAAAAAAAGCGUAAGCAUUUAAUAAUCAGCCACAUAUAUCAGACGACGCAUCUCGCUAGCAGAAUCGCCCUUUUAGGGUUGCAAAAGGUUCAAUAUUGGUUAAUUUAUACAUUGGGGCUGUUACGUAACGAU